CUUGACAGCCAUUAUAAGAGAUGCGUGUGUUUAUUGUGCGAAUGCUGAGUUACCGUCAAAGAAAUAGAAUGGCGUGUCAUAAUGUAAUAGUGUUCUUCACGGUACUAUUCCUCUGGCUGAUAUACGCAAGUGCUCAACGAUCUGUGGAACUGUUUGAUUCCAGAGGUGGCGAAUUCUACCCCGGCAACAAAGGCAGCGUCGCAUUUCUCCAUCAGCCUCUUAGAGUGCAAAGGAAAAUUGCACAAAGAGCAUUUCAAAACAUGGAUCUAUCAGUAGCGAGAAGUUUUGGAAAAAGAGACUGCUAUGGGAAGGAUUGUGUGAAGAGGGAACCACAAUUUUCUGGUGCUAGGCUUUACGGAAAACGGAAUACCAACAACAGACAAUUCAAAUGUUUCUUCAUGGAUUGCACGGAACUGCAGAGACUCGACGCUAGCCUGAGACGGACUGACAUGCUCAGCGAAAAAUUGAGAAGGGCGGGAAGUAACAAUGCCCUUCUUUCCGACGAUUGAUGGACUAUUCUAGGAAGACCCUCAAAACAUCUCCUCCUCUAAAAUCAUGUGAUGUCACUUCAAUGUUGUGUUGUAUCUGAAUAAAAUAAUGUGUAUGUACAAUUUUUUAAUCUUAACUUAUUAUUUUUAUUGUUAACGUGUGUGUUAUGGUUAAAGCUAUAUUUAAGACGUAUAGGAGAGUAUAUAAUAAAUGAGUAUUUAAG